UUCUGAAUCGAGACCUAAUCGUUCUAGAGAGAAUCGAGAGAAAUCGAAAAAUCUAUCCCACCAACAAUGACGGACAGACUGUUGUAGUUGUCUAGCUUUUCCUUCUUAAUGUUUAUGAACCAUUUAGAUGCCUUUUCUGUUUUGUAUUUGUUAGUGGGAAAAUAUACUGGGAAUGGCGCAGCUGAAAAGCGGGGCGUACAGUUGCUUAAUAAUGCACUAAAUGUGUUAAUACUACCGGACAGUUUGUACAUGAUCCUGCUGAUGUUAUUGGAGUGACCUCUAUUGCUAUUUGCAUGAUGGGCUUUAGUCUCAAGCUUCAUUUGCAUUUACAUGUACGCAGAGUCCAGGAAAAAUAAGAUGCAGUUCAUUUUCCUUCAAUGCAUGCACUCAAAGUGCAGAAAAUUAGACAGUGUGGUAACGCUUUCUUUUUAAAUGUGUUGUUCAUUGGCAGAACUCAGUUAUUCAAUGGAUAUCAAAGUAAUGUAUCUGUAUUCUGAAUCACCCUUUUCUGUUCAGUCUAUCGAGUGGACAAGGCCGACUCGGCCACUUGUGUGAAUUUUUUAAAGCUGUGAUCCAACUAAACAAUUGCAACAGAAAGAGGCUACAAAGAGAAAGGGCUCAUUUACCUAGCAGUUAAGGCUGUGGCUCCUCUGUACUUGCUCCUGUUACUCAAACCAUGCCCUUUGUCUAGGGCCAGGGCUUGGUCCGGGGCUAUAAUUUGCAUGCCAAGGGCCACUUGAAUGCGAAGCUUUCCGGAUUCUCACUACCUGAAAUGCAAAACCAGUGGAGACCAGUUCAAAUAGUGCACGCACACAAUAAACACAGGUGUACAUCAGUCAAAAUACUGAGCCCCUCACCCCGCCCCCCCAUGCUCUAGAGCUCCAAACCUACCUACUCUUCCAAGGGAGUGUUAUGGAAAUGACCACUGUGAUUUUGCAGACAUACUUUACCUGCACGUUGUUGACUGAUGAGUAAGGUAAUAUAUAGGUUGGUCCACAAAACUAGAAGUGGCGUGGCUGUGCAAAGAUCAGAGGUUGAGUAAGAGAUAUAAAAUCAACAGAAGUAGAAGAAAAAGAGAACUAAGACGAAUCAAAUUCAAAGGAUGCCGAGGUCUUUCCUUGUGAAAAAGAAACGUGGAGCAUGUGGAGCAUGGCAGUGGAAAGAGCCAGAACAGCUUGAAUGGAAAGAAGAUAAUACAUUCGUUGAUGAAAUUUGUAUGAAGCAGACCCCCAGCUGUCCUGAUCCCCAACAGCCUGCUACUGUGUCUCAGUCAGUCAUCACCUUAGGAUGUGAGACAGGAGGAAUGAGAGUGUCAUCAGGAAGACCAGGGGCUGACAACAGGCCGAGCUGGUCCACAGUCAUGCUCCGGAGCUCCAUCUACGAACCCACUACACUGGCACUUCACAGAGCAAAGCCGCGUCCCCGUUCCUCCCCCGGAUCAGGAGACUUUGUGUGCUCAAUGUGCUACAAGAUAUUCCCUCUGCAGCGCAUGCUGACGCGACACCUGAAGUGCCACAACUUGGUGAAGAGACAUCCUUGCCGAUUUUGUGGCAAAGGAUUCAACGAUACCUUCGACCUCAAGAGGCAUAUGCGAACACACACAGGUAUUCGUCCCUACAAGUGUGAGCUGUGUGAGAAAGCCUUCACACAGCGCUGCUCUCUUGAGUCUCAUAUGAGGAAGAUUCACAGCGUUCACCAACAGUAUGCCUACCGCCAAAGACGCUCUAAGAUCUUUGUGUGUGAGGAUUGUGGUUAUACCUCAAGCCGCCCCGACGAGUACUUUCUCCAUGUGAGACAGUGCCAUCCUGGCAGCCCUGCCCUCCGCAGGUACUACCGCCGCCAGGCCCAUGAGAACAGCAGCUUUGCUCCAGCAGGGAGAUACCUUUUUAAUCAUUUCGUUUAAAUUUUGAAAUUUUUAUUCAACUAUGUUCCACUUUUUAUUUUUUGGUUCUUAAUUCACAGGCUAGUUUUUUAACAAUUUUACAUGUCAUUAUCACAUUCAUACAUUUUUCAGGGACUGACAACCGCUUACAGUAACUCAAGAAGAUAAAAAAAAUCCCAGUGCACUUUUUAUAUUACGAGUAAUCUCUGAUUCAUUUCAGUGGGAUGAGUAAGGGAGGUUGCACAAUCUCCCAACAUUAUAUACAUAUACAAUGUUGGGAGAUUGUGCACAUAAAAGCAUGGCGAGGUAUGUACAAACACUGGCGCAUUGAGGUGAAAGCACAGACAGCCUGUCACGGAAAGUCUUUCGCAAUUAUUACAGUAACAUGUUACAUUUUUUCAACCACCCUUUUAUUUUUUCUGUAUGUUGUAAUCGAUUUUUUUUCAGCAUUCUGUUAUAUAUAUAUUAUUGAAUGAUUUAGAAGAUGUGAAUGUAGAUUUUUUUAUAAAAACAGUUUGGUUAAUGUGUCACCUUUCCAGUUAUGGAAGUAAUCUUGCUGCCAGAAUAUGGGCAAUUUUAUUAUCCAAAUUUGCUAAUUCUAUUGCAACGUAAUGAUUGUGACAAAUUCCUCCUGUAUUUAUCCUUAUUGUGAAUUAAAGUAUAUAUUGGAGUAAUAAAA